AAGCACGCACUGCUCUCAAAACAAAUUAAGCUCAACAAACUUAAAUAUCAAAAACAAGGAGGAGGAGGCUGAAGAAGCUGUGAAUCAUAAGAAGCUCAAGCCAUGGUUUCUGUGACAAAACCACCAUCAUCUCACCUACUAUACUCAACUUCACAGUCUCUUCCCCGCCUCUCUCCUUUCCAAUUAUGUGUCUUUGACACCAAAACGCUCGUCUCAUUCCCCAGCACUCACAGCAGUAAGAAGAAACAUGGUGCUGGUGCAGCUGUCAAGUGCAUGGCUGUGAGCACAGCCUCAGAGGCAGAGACAAAGAAGAAGAGUAAGUUUGAGAUUCAAACGCUCACUGGUUGGCUGUUGAAGCAGGAACAAGCGGGUGCCAUUGAUGCUGAACUCACUAUUGUUCUUUCUAGCAUUUCAAUGGCAUGCAAGCAGAUUGCUUCUUUGGUGCAGAGAGCUGGCAUUUCUAACUUAACUGGCGUUCAAGGUGCUGUUAAUGUUCAAGGGGAGGACCAGAAGAAGCUUGACGUUGUCUCUAAUGAGGUGUUCUCUAACUGCUUGAGGUCAAGUGGGCGGACAGGGAUCAUAGCAUCAGAAGAAGAGGACGUACCAGUUGCAGUUGAAGAAAGUUACUCUGGAAACUAUAUAGUUGUUUUUGACCCACUUGAUGGGUCAUCAAACAUUGAUGCUGCUGUGUCCACUGGAUCCAUCUUUGGUAUAUACAGCCCAAAUGAUGAGUGCCUAGCUGACAUUGGUGACGGUACCACUCUUGACAAUGCAGAACAGAGAUGUGUUGUGAAUGUGUGCCAGCCAGGAAGCAACCUUCUUGCGGCUGGCUACUGCAUGUAUUCAAGCUCAGUGAUUUUUGUCAUCACAAUUGGAACAGGAGUGUUUGCCUUCACCUUGGAUCCAAUGUAUGGGGAAUUUGUCUUAACUCAAGAGAAAAUCCAGAUACCCAAGGCUGGAAAAAUCUACGCAUUUAAUGAAGGAAACUACCAAUUGUGGGAUGAUAAGUUGAAGAAGUACAUUGAUGACCUUAAAGACCCAGGCCCAAGUGGCAAGCCCUACUCUGCUAGAUACAUUGGUAGUUUGGUUGGGGACUUUCAUCGAACACUUCUAUAUGGUGGCAUUUAUGGGUAUCCCAGAGACAAGAAGAGCAAGAAUGGAAAGCUAAGGCUCUUGUACGAGUGUGCACCUAUGAGCUUUAUAGUGGAACAAGCUGGUGGAAAAGGAUCAGACGGCCAUCAGAGAAUACUUGAUAUCCAACCAGUUGAGAUACAUCAGCGCGUUCCACUUUACAUUGGGAGCCAGGAGGAAGUGGAGAAAUUGGAGAAGUAUUUGGCUUAAUUGAACUGUAAAAGCAAAGACGAUAAUUUUGUUUGGAAUAUAAUUGGACCUUCCAUAGUUUUCGAAGAAAUAAAUUUCAUAGUUUAACAA